AUGGCCUCUCCAGCUCUUCUCCAAACUAUUCAAGAUGGUUACCCAAACAAAAGUGUUCCGGAACAAAUGUACGAUUCAAACUUGAAAUCGUCUUAUGAAGCCCUUUUGGCUUCCAAAGGUAUCAGUGCCGGUAUGCCAGCUAGUGUGAAGUUUGAUCCUUACAAACAUUUGAAAUAUUACGCUAAUGAAGAAGAAAAAACCAAAUACGAUGCUACUAAUAGAAUUAGUAUGAACGAUUUGAACAUUGCUGAUCCAAACCAAAUCAGUACUGUUGGUGUUAGUGACCCAUUCCCUCUUUUCACCGAUGAAGCCAUUGAAAUCAUGAGACAAGAAUUUUUACAAAAAGAACUCUUUUUGAAAUAUGCUAAAUACUGUUUUAACUCUACUUCCGGUUUGGAUGCUAAUCUUAGAGGUUAUGUUAAAAAUGACGAUGUGGUUGAAACUCCCUUCAUUCAUGAUGCCUGGACUCAUCCUAAAACCAUGGAAUUGAUCAGCAGAAUGGCUGGUGUUGAGUUAGAAAUCGUCAUGGAUCAAGAAAUUGCCCACGUUAACAUCUCAAUGAAAAGUGAAGAACAAGCUGCUGAAGAAAGAAUUCAACAAGCUAGAACUAGAGCUUUUUCCGGUUCCAGUGACGGGGAAGAUAUUCCUGCUGUUGUUGGAUGGCAUAAAGAUUCUUACCCCUUUGUUUGUGUUUUAAUGGUUUCUGAUACUUCUAUGAUGAUUGGUGGUGAAACCUGUUUAAGAAAGGGUAAGAAGAACGGGGAUGCAACUGCUGAAGUUAUCCCAGUCUCUGGUCCAAGCCGUGGUAAUGCUUGUGUUUUACAAGGUGGUUGCAUUGAACAUAUUGCUCCAACUCCUUCAGGGGCUAGUGAAAGAAUCACCAUGGUUACUUCUUUCAGAGCUAAAGAUCCAACUCUCGCCGACAACUCUUGUUUGAACACCGUUAAACCAGAAAUCAAUUUUGGUUCCAGAUACCAUAACUUCUACCCUGAUUGGAUCAAAUAUAGAUCAGAGUUAGUCAAACAAAGAUUAGAUCUCCUCAAUGAUGAAUUAUCGGUUGAAAGAAAAAAUGGUAAAUUCGAUAAAGAAUCUGCCAUGGAUACUUUGAAAGAUAUAAGUGCUUAUUUAGCUAGAACUUUUGAAGAAAUGGAAAUUAAUGAUCAAGAAUGGGAUAAAAUUAUUAAUAAUAAUUAG